AUGGAUUGUACGUCGAAUAAUUCUAUGCCUGAACUGUCCGAAGAUGAAGACGAGAGUGAACACAUGUUAACUGGGAUCAAGAGCUUGGAUGGAGAUACCAGGGAUGCGACAAUACAGCCUGUUUGCUGCAGUGAAUACUAUCAUGACGAGGAGCUUGACAAGUGUUUGCCAGUAUGCAAUAUGGGGUGUAUAAACGGCGACUGCGUAGACGUAGACAAGUGUGUAUGCGAGCCGCCACUGAUGUUCCUCUAUGGCGCUUGCGUGCAGCCUGUGUGCAGCUCCAUCUGUGUGAACGGGCGCUGCGUGGCGACCAACCGGUGCGAGUGCAGCCCCGGCCACGCGCCCGACCCCGGCGACGCCUUCAAGUGCAACCCCAUCUGUGACACCCCCUGCGUGAACGGCACCUGCGCGGCGCACAACAAGUGCAUCUGCAGCGUGGGAUACGAACCUACAGGCAACAGUGCAGUCUGCAGGCCUGCUUGCGCUGGCUGCGACCAUGGACAGUGCGUUGCGCCAAAUCAAUGCAUCUGCUCUGUUGGAUACGAACUUAUAAAGUCGACCUGCAAGCCGCAGUGCAAUUCUUGUAGCAACGGCGACUGUGUAGCACCGGGAAAGUGUGAAUGUCACGAAGGAUACGAGCUUAAAGGGGAAGACUGCGCGCCAAUAUGUUCACCACCAUGCUACAAUGGACAAUGUCUUGCGCCUAAUAACUGUUCCUGUAACCCUGGUUACAAUCUGACAGCUGCUGGCUGCAAACCUAUCUGCUCCAAACCUUGUGUUAAUGGUAAAUGUUCAGGACCCGAUUUCUGCUCUUGUGACACUGACUACAAGAAGCAUGACACCGACGAAUAUACUUGUUAUAAACUUGUACAUACAUGUUCACCACCCUGUAUCAAUGGGCAAUGCCGUGAGCAUAAUCAAUGUCUUUGUCAUCGUGGAUAUAAUAGGACUGAUAAUGGCUGCAAGCCUCGCUGCUGUAAGUCUGGGUGUGAGAAUGGACACUGCAAUAAGCCAAAGCACCACACGAAAUGGCAUAAACGUAAGAAUUCUGAAUAUAAGCCAGUGGGACUAUUUAGCACUUUUAGUGUAGCGGGUAUUGAAGGCAUGUGGGUUGCAAUCGCUGCUGGUGGCCUAUUCCUUCUCCUUUUGAUUAUUGUGAUGAUCCAGCUACUCUGUACGAGUACUAGCAAAUAGGAUGAAUGUAAUUGAAAUGAGGGGAACGGUUGCAGUUUCUCAUUGUGUUGAUUCGUGCGGUUCACCUAAGGCAGCUCUUACAGCAAACAUCAUAAUGUUUAUAUUAUUAUUUAUAUUACAGCCAAUAGAAGAUACAUGACUGCACUUCAUAUGGUUUCCAUAGUUUGUAUUUCAAAAUGGGUACAAGAUUAAA